AUGGAGGUGAUCGAAGCAAUAACCGCUGCCCACGGCGUUGCCAAACUGGCAUACCUUCUUGCAUCCACGAUAUACGAUGUCGCGAAGGUUGCAAAGGACUCGGGCGCUGUUUUCCAGCAGCUCGACACUGAAGUCAACUCUCUCAAAGUUUUCGUCAGUUUAGUCGAACAAGUCGAAUCAAACAUCACCUCACGAUGUGGCCAGAACCCAGAUCCCAACGCUGUCGAGACGUCACAGGCCCUAUGGCCGUUUGGUCUAUUGAAGGAAGAAUGUGAUGAACUAACCACACUCAUUGAGCCUCAGCUCCAAAAGAUCCACCAAUACCGAAGCGACAUGGCGAAUGAUUCUGAAUUUGGGCGUCAAUUGUUUACAGCAAUGAAAAUCAGGUUCAGACUCGUUCCUAAGAUUCACGAUCUGUACCCAAGGAUCGAGAGACUCAAAACAAGCUUGCUGUUAGCGACGGCAACCAUCCAAACCUUGCAAAAUGAAGCAGGAGCGGGACAGUUGUGA